CCGGCGCUGCCUUCGUUUUUGCUCGACAGAUGAAAACAUCAGUGUUGGGUGCUAAUGCCGGGCUGAUUCCUGCUACAAUCAGCAAGAUGUUUGUCAUCCUACUGCCUAUUUCCAAUCAAUACGGAUCAAACUGUUAGCGUUUACUGUAUCUGUAGGUAGCCAAAGCCCAUUUUGUAUUGCAAUACCUUUUUGGUCUCUAAUUUUGAGUAGAAGAAAAUGAACGGCUUAUCCAUCAGCGAGUUGUGCGGCCUCUUCUGUUGUCCGCCCUGUCCCAGCCGGAUUGCAGCGAAGCUGGCCUUCCUGCCCCCGGAGCCAACCUACACUCUUCUGCCAGACCUGGAGUCCACCUCCCCUGUGACCUCUAACCUUGGAGCCUCAGGUUUGCGCUCACGCUUGGGCGGUGGUGCCGGAGGAGGAGGUGGUGCUGGAGGUGGAGGAGGAGGUGCUGGAAGUGGAGGAGGAGGAGGUUUUGGUGACAGGAGUGGUGAAGGCCGGUGGAAGCUGCACCUCUCUGAGCGAGCAGAGUUCCAGUACUCCCAGAGGGAGCUGGACGGAACUGAGGUCUUCCUUACUCACUCCAGCCGUGGCAACAGAGUGGGAUGUAUGUAUAUACGCUGUGCCCCAUCCGCAAGGUACACUGUGCUCUUUUCUCACGGUAAUGCUGUGGAUCUCGGUCAGAUGAGCAGCUUCUACAUCGGUCUGGGCACUCGUAUCAACUGCAACAUCUUCUCUUAUGACUACUCUGGUUAUGGAGUCAGCACAGGGAAACCCUCUGAGAAGAAUCUGUAUGCAGACAUAGACGCUGCUUGGCAUGCUUUGCGCUCAAGGUAUGGCAUCAGCCCUGAGAAUAUAAUCCUUUAUGGGCAGAGCAUUGGCACCGUGCCCACCGUGGACCUGGCGUCCCGUUAUGAGUGUGCUGCCGUGGUACUUCACUCACCUCUCACCUCAGGGAUGAGGGUGGCCUUCCCUGACACCAAGAAGACAUACUGCUUUGACGCCUUCCCAAACAUUGAGAAGGUGUCUAAAAUCACAUCCCCAGUGCUGAUCAUUCAUGGGACGGAGGAUGAAGUGAUUGAUUUCUCUCAUGGUCUGGCCCUGUUUGAGCGCUGCCCAAAAGCCGUGGAGCCACUGUGGGUCGAAGGAGCUGGACACAACGACAUCGAGCUCUACAGCCAGUACCUGGAACGCCUGCGUCGGUUCAUCAGCCAGGAAGUGGCUGCGCAGUAAACGCACCCUUCAAAACAUCAAGAAAGGCAGAUCUUUCAGCCCUGGACACUUAAUUGUGCUCACGUCCAUAAAUGGUUGACAUAUAUGGAAAGCAAACAAACAGAAUUCAGUUCUGGAGGGUUUGUUUUUCUAUAGACUGCCGUCUCUUUCUUUCUAUCAGCCUGGAGCUGAGUUUUCUACUGAGAAGACAUCUCGACUUCACACUGAAAAGAUCGGAAUGUGUGAGCGUCGGUCUCAGGAAGGACCUCAGUACAUCUGAGGCACUCUCUCACAGUUGAUUUGGCUUGUGAUUUUUGUGACCAGGACAAGUGAAAUGUCAUUUGAACAGGACUAAAAUCUAGUAUCUCUUUAUGAAGCUCUUAUCUUGUGGGUGUUUAUGUACUUUUUGUUAGGUCUUGUGGGUAAGCAGAUGACCAGUCUGUUUUAAAAUACAGCAUCAACACCUUUUCAGACAAAAACUCUCUGCUGGACAGAUUCUGUUUGUGUGUGUGUGUGUACUUGUAUAACUAUCUUUGUGAGGACCAGUUUGAGUUUUAGACCAUCAGAGUGAGGACAAAGGCCCUGUUCACACCUGGUAUUAAGAUGCGUUUUAGUUGAUUGGAUCACAAGUAGAUGAGGCAGACACAUACCCGUUUACACCUAGUGUUUUAAUCCGUCUCUUUUGUCCACUUUCAACCACUUCUGUCCUGAUUUCUUUGAGGGGAGGGCCUAUGGGAGGGUAAAUGUAUGGGUUUUUUCAGAUCUUUUGAUCUAAUGGACAAAAAAAGCUUGCGCAUUUACAUAUGAACGCACCUGGAGAUGACAGAAAAAUAUAUGUAGAGCAUCAGCUUUCAUUUUUGCUCUGACAGCCGCAAGACCAUACCGAACGCUGUGAGUGUGUGUUAGAAAUCAGGAAUGGUGAGAGAACAUUGUGAUUGGUACAUUUUUCGUCUUCAAACCAAACUUGGGUCUUCAGCUGUCAAAGUUUAAAUCCUGUCUGGCUAGCGCGCUUCCCAUAAUGUUUACGUGUUAGGUCAGUAGGUGGUCUUUUGUUGCUGUGAUCGACUCAUGUCGAUCACAUGAGCGUUGACACUACGAAAGCAAUCUAGUCUAAUGCGUUUUUGACUACCUCUGGAAGUGGUCGAAAGUGGACAAGCUGAAAACGUUUUAGACCCCAUUUACACCUGUAUUUAGUGUCAUCCACUUGUGAUACGAUCGACAAAAUCACAUCUUAAUACCAGGUGUAAACAGGGCUAAAGAGAGUAAAGUGAGAACAUUUAGGCCAGUCCUCACUUUCUGAGACCCCUUUAAAGGUUUUAGGAUCAAGACUUUGUUUUUAGGGAUAAGGUUAUAAUUAGGUUAAGGGUUCGGGAUAGGCACUUGUGAUGUUAUGAUGGGUAAGGCCCUGGGUAUACUUUGUUUUUUACGCGUACGCUAGUGCACGC